UGGCCAGGCUGGUCUUGAACUCCUGACCUCAGGUGAUCCACCCACCUCGGCCUCCCAAAGUGCUGGGAUUAGAGGUAUUAGCCACCACACCCGGCCAAGUUUUUUGUUUUGUUUUGUUUUGUUUUGUUUUGUUUUGUUUUUUGGAGACAGAGUCUCACUCUGUCACCAGGCUGGAGUGCAGUGGCACGAUUUCAGCUCACUGCAAUCUCUGCUUCCCUGGUUCAAGCGAUUCUCCUGCCUCAGCUUCCCGAGUAGCUGGGACUACAGGCACGCACCACCAUGCCCAGCUAAUUUUUGUGUUUUUAGUAGAGACGGGGUUUCACCAUGUUGGCCAGGAUGGUCUUGAUCUCUUGACCUUGUGAUCUGCCCGCCUCAGCCUCCCAAAGUGCUGGGAUUACAGGCGUGAGCCAACCCCCACCCCCGAUUUUGUUCUUUUUUAAAGGCAACAGACUCAAUAUUUAAUGUAGUUUAAAAUACAUAAAAAAUUAAAUUCCUGGCAGUUGUGAAUAUUGCUAAACGAAGGACAGAUACUAGUCUUGAUCUAACCCAAAAAGCCAAGAAGUGAUGUGUGAAUGAGUUCUUAAUUCUUGGCUUUCAAGUUCAGUAGAUACUGUUGACUAAUACUAAGUGACUUUCUGACCAACAGUGAAUGAGAGUUAUAGAUGUUCCACAUCCUCAUCAUUGCUUGAUAUUGUGAAGCUUUUUAAUUUUAAUCUUAAAUUAAUGGUUGUAUGUUUGUGUAGUGGUAUCUCAUUGUUUUAUUUUGCAUUCCCCUGAUGACUAAUGAAGUUAAACAACUUAUCAUAUUGGCUAUUUGGAUAUCCUCUUUUGUAAAGUGCAUAUUAAAAAUCUCUUGCCCAUUUCUUAUUGUUUAUAGAAGUUCUUUGUAUAUACUGGAUAUGAGUCCUUUGUCAUAUAGAUGUGUUGCAAAUAUCUUCUCCCACUCUGUGAUUUGUUUUUGUUUUUGUUUUAACUCUCUUAAUGGUGUAUUCUGAUGAAUGGAAGUUUUUUUUGUUUUUUUUUUUUUGAGACAGAUUCUCGCUCUGUCACCCAGGCUGGAGUGCAGUGGCGUGAUCUCGGCUCACUGCAAGCUCCGCCUCCUGGGUUCAUGCCAUUCUCCUGCCUCAGCCUCCUGAGUAGCUGGGACUACAGGCGCCCACCACUAUGCCCAGCUAAUUUUUUGUAUUUUUAGUAGAGAUGGGGUUUCACCAUGUUAGCAGAGACGGGGUUUCACCAUGUUAGCCAGGAUGGUCUCCAUCUCCUGAACUUGUGAUCCGCCCGCCUCGGCCUCCAAAGUGCUGGGAUUAUAGGUGUGAGCCACCACGCCUGGCCGAAUGGAAGUUCUUAACUUUUUUUUCUUUCUUUUUUUUUUUUUUUUUGAGACAGAAUCUCGCUCUGUCACCUAGGCUGGAGUACAGUGGUGUGAUCUUGGCUCACUGCAACCUCCGUCUCACAGGUUCAAGCGAUUCUCCUGCCUCAGCCUCCCUAGUAGCUGGGAUUACAGACGUGUGCCACCACGCCUGGCUAAUUUUUGUAUUUUUAGUAGAAACAGGGUUUCACCAUGUUGGCCAGGAUGGUCUCGAUCUCCCAACCUCAAGCGAUCUUCCUGCCUUAGCCUCCCAAAGUGCUGGGAUUACAGGUGUGAGCCACUGCACCUGGUGGAAGUUCUUAACUUUAAUGUAAUCCAGUUUAUCAGAAUUUUCCUUCAUGGUUAGUCUCUUUUGGAGUUGUUGUUGUUGUUGUGUUUUUUUAAAUUUAAUUUUAUUUAUUUAUUUAUUUAUUUAUUUAUUUAUUUGAGACAGUGUCUCAUUUUGUUGCCCAGGCUGGAGUGCAACCUGAGCUCACAGCUCACUCAUCUUACUGCAGCCUCAUCCUCCCAGGCUUAAGCAAUCCUCCUACUUCAGCCUCCUGAGUAGCUGGGGCUACAGGUGUGUGCCACCAUACCUGGCUAGUUUUGUAGUUUUUGUAGAGAUAGGGGUCUUGCUUUGUUGCCCAUGCUCAUCUCAAUCUCCUGGCCUCAACUGAUGCCAGGUUUGGAAAACAAUGGUCUAGAGCAUGACUGAAAUAUGAAAUAGUGAAUUCCUGUCCAUGUGAAUGCUCUUGUUUUUAUUCAUUUCCUUCCUUUAUGCAGCACUGGCCCCCUCACCUUUUCCUUUCCAGCUGUUUGGGGCUCAGCUAAGUGACCACACAGGAGAGCAGUGAGGCCAUUUGAGGCCUGAGCCUGGUCCUCAGGACUCGACUGUCUCUCCCCGCCAUCAAGCAGCCUGCCCCAGCCCUGCCAGCCAUCUCCACACUCCUCUGACAGAAUGAAUGCCCUCGAUGGUGUUCCCUUCAAGUUGCCCAAGGGCUUUGUGAUAGGCACAGAGCCUCUCCCUGGGCCAGAACUCAGCAUCCCGGCCUGCGGGGAGGUUCUGCUGGGUUCUAUGCACGACUUCAGCCUGGAGAGGACGGCACUCUUCUGGGUGGAGGCCGCCGGCCAGGGACCCAGCCCGUACCAGUGCGGUGACCCGGGGACAGCCUCAGCCCCUCCAGCCUGGCUCUUGCUAGUCAGCCCCGAACAUGGGCUGGCGCCUGCGCCCACCACAAUCAGAGACCCGGAGGCCGGACACCAGGAGAGGCCGGAGGAGGAGGGUGAGGACGAGGCAGAAGCCUCCUCUGGCAGCGAGGAAGAGUCGGCCCCCAGCAGCCUCCAACCGGGCUCCCCGGCGAGCCCCGGCCCCGGCCGUCGCCUGUGCUCGCUGGACGUGCUACGCGGCGUGCGGUUGGAGCUGGCAGGGGCGCGGCGGCGGCUCUCCGAGGGGAAGCUGGUCUCCCGGCCCCGCGCCCUCCUGCACGGCCUCCGCGGCCACCGCGCGCUGAGCCUGUGCCCGAGCCCUGCGCAGUCCCCCAGGUCCGCAUCACCCCCGGGGCCCGCGCCCCAGCACCCCGCCGCCCCCACGUCGCCCCCGCGGCCCUCCACGGCAGGCGCCAUCCCCCCGCUGCGGAGCCACAAGCCCAUGGUCGCGUCCCUCAGCCCGUACACCUGUCUGCCACCUCUUGGGGGGGCACCCCAACCUCUCAACCCCCACAAGUCACACCCUGAUACUGCGGCUGACCUGCUGUCCGCCCUGAGCCAGGAGGAGCAAGACCUCAUUGGGCCAGUGGUCGCCCUGGGAUAUCCCCUGCGAAGGGCCAUCAUAGCUCUGCAGAAGACAGGGAGGCAGAGCCUGAGCCAGUUUCUCAGCUACCUCAGUGCCUGUGACCGCCUGUUACGUCAGGGAUAUGAGGAAGGCCUGGUGGACGAGGCCAUGGAGAUGUUCCAGUUCUCCGAGAGCCAGGCAGGGGAGUUCCUGCGCCUCUGGGAGCAGUUCAGUGACAUGGGCUUCCAGCAGGACCGGAUCAAGGAAGUGCUGCUGGUCCAUGGCAACCGCCGAGAGCAAGCCCUGGAGGAGCUGGUGGCCUGUGCCCAGUGACCAUGGAGGCACUCCACGAUGCCUGGGCAUCUAGGCCCAGUGCCAGACCUGGCGACCCAUCCUAACUGUAUUGUUAAAACCAAGUAAGAGUAACAAAGUGAUGCAUACUUAUUGUAAAAACACAAAUAAUACCAAGGGUGACAGUUAACAGCAGCAGAAUCUCCUGAAAGAGUUGAAAUAGUUGCCUCUGCAGAGGGGCAGAUGGGAGAGCCGGACGGGGAGCUAUGUUCUUCAUGCAUGCCUGUGAAACCACGUGAUUUGACUCUUUACACUGUGUGCAUUAGUAACGUUGAUUUUAAGAAAAUUAAAACAAAUAAAUAAUGGGCAGUUCUUCUGAGUCCUGCAGGCAACAGGUCUUGGUGUGGAAAGAACAUCAAACUGUAGGUCAGAAGACCUCAUUUCUGAUUUUAGGUCUUUUGAUGUCUGGGUCAAGGCCUUGUUGGGCCUCAGUUUCCCUAGGAAACGUAGAGAGAUUUGACCAGGUCAAAAGCUUCCAGCCCUGGCGGCUAUCCAUAAGAAUCCUCAGGGUGUUUAUUCAAGAGUCCCAGCCCCCACCCUCGUAUAUUCUGAUUCAGAAAGCCCAGCUUGGCAGCCCCCAGGAAUCUGUUUUGUUUUAUGUAAGAAGAUCUCUGGGGAUUCUUUACUACAUAACAGGCCUAUGGCCAGUGUGUGUGACUUUCAGCCAGUCUGGGGCCCCUUCUGCUCUGACUAUCUGUGAUCGUAUGACAGUCUUUCCUCAUUUGCGGGGUGGGGAGGUUGCGACCAGAGUUGUCUCCAGUCACCCAAGGCCUAUCGUUCAGAAGUCCCCAAGGAUUGAGGGGACCAGUUGCUGGAGCAGCCCAUAACUCAAGCAAGCAGAGGCCAGGGGCCAAGACUCUGGUGCCUCUGCUCUCCCCAGCCAGCCCUGCGCAGACCUGCAACAAUUACCGCAGAAUCAAAACAUCUCAGCCCCCUCCACCCUGCAAACAGAGCUGGACCUGGAACUGAGGCCAGUAAAAAAAACGAACAACUUCCAUAUUUCUCAGGGCUUCAACCCCAGAUACCUCAUCUGAAUGUGUAAUGGGGACUUCUGCAGGCCUACACACAACAAGCUUAGAACUAGAACCAGGUCUCCGGAGGCCCAAUAGCCCCUCGGUGCUUUCCACUAAGUCUCAAUGCCUGCCAACUUGAAAUCCAAUAAAAAUAUUCUUUGGCCUUAAAACUUGCCUUGAAUAACUUGCAGGCAGCACAAAACUAUUAGAGAAAAUGGGCAAGAUGUUGUAAAGUUGGACAUAUGUCUGUCUGUUGCCAAAAGUAAAACUACACUUGAAAGAGACAGUAAAAUUAAAGUUCAAUUUCUAAGAUGCAAUGUUAGGUCCAAAGCUAUUUAUGUUCUGAUUAAGGUAACCUGGCCUUGGUCCACCACUUUACUAAGUCCCCUUGAUUAGAGGCGACCAGUUGACAGGCCCAUCCAUAAUUCCUAUCUUUCUCCCACAUGCCUCAAAUCUGCCCAUCCCUAGCAAACUGUUGCUUGAUU